GAACGAUUUUCCAAAGAAUCAAAAAAUUAAGUAUGACAUCAACAUCUUAUAUGUCCAGAACAGGAAAGGCAUGCUAAGCAAAUCAUCGGAAAUAUAUGUUAUCGACUAUUGACGUUAAAGUGACACCUUGUGCUUUCUAAUGACACCUAGAUUAAGCUUCUAGUCCACUCACAUGACAAAAUAUUCUAUGAAACAAUGGGGUUGUGCAUGAACUAAAAAUUAGACGGAAUGUGUACGAGCACAUCUGUGAAGGCUAAAAUGCAUUACAGUGCCAUUGACCUUUCAGAUCAGCAUAUUGUGAUGGAAGGUAAUUGAGGGAGAUAGAGUGAAUUGAAACAGAUUUAUUGUACAGUACAUGCUUAAAAGGUUUUUGGGUUCUGAAAAAUGAGACCACUUUUCGGCAAGAGUCGACAGUGUGAAUGGUGAGCUUUGAGAGUGAAAAAUUUCAGACGGCAACCCAAAAUUUACCAAGAGUUGAAGAGGCUGAGCAUUGUUCAUAUCAACAGGGUAUUGAAGGGGUUCAGGGAUUACCAGGACAAAAAGGUGUGAAAGGUCGGAGAGGACCACCAGGAAAACCAGGUAUUCCUGACCAGCAGACACCAGGGCAACAUACUCAACUUCUGGUGCAGAGAAGAAGGUCACAAAAUAAAACAUCCAGAAAGUUGCCCAGAAAUUCUCGAUUUGAUGAGCACGAAGAGUGGAUUGGGGAGGAGUGGCACUCACACAGCUGGCAUCUGGGCACCAAAGACAGCCCUGCCACCAACUGCAGAGAGCUGAGUCUUAUCCACCCUCAUAUCAGAGAUGGGCAUUACUACAUUGAUCCUAACCAGGGAUGUCCAUUUGAUGCUCUCAAUGUGUUCUGUAAUUUUACUGCUGGAGGUCUAACCUGCGUGUCUCCUGUCCAGUCCAAAACUUCAGGAAUAUGGUCGUCAUGGGAUACUAAAAAAGGGUUUAGUGAACAAUACAGAGGCUUCAAGUUUGAGUACAGAGAUCUUGAUGUUGUCCAACUGCGAUUCCUACGGUUAAACAGCAACUCUGCCAUACAAAACAUCACUCUGACAUGUCCCAAAAACCACAGCCCCACUGCUAAACACAGAGAUAUGACCAAGAGGGUGGUACAUUUACUAGGAGACUCCAGUGAAGAAAUUGAUCCAUCUCUUGUCACCAUAUCAAAACGUGGUUGUGAGGUAGUGGCACUGGUGAGGGUUUUGAGUAAUUUAGAGCUCCAUAGAGGAGACAUGCAACUUCUACCCAUUAGAGCAAUAUCUAUAGAGGGCAGAGGAGACACCUGGGAAGAAGAUGUAAGCAUUGUUCUGGGACCUUUGUGCUUUUUAUAGCCUCCUUCCAGAAAUAGACACUUCACAGGGCAUUUGGGAGGCAUGCAUUGUUCACAGCAGAUAUUAUACAUGCAACCUAUGGGUAAUCAUUAUAUAGUUUGUAAUGCAUUAUGAUCAAUGAUAAUAACAAACGGAAUCUGUUCUCUGGGUUUAUAGUGUUCUAAAAUAUUUAAAUAGUCUAGACUGAAGUGCAGUAAUAGUGUGUGUGUGCAUGUGUUGUGGGUAUGUGUUUAUUUAGUCUUGUGUUUCAAUGUUUGGUGAGUAUUUAUGAUAAAGAUUUAUUUAUGCAAUGUUGUAGGAAUUUCAUGUUUGUAUCAGAGGAUAAAAGCACAAUGCUUUCACAGUUUUACUAUUAUACAAAUUUCAACAUCACAG